AUGUCGCAACAUAAGAAGCAGGAUGUGUCAAGUAAGAAGCUGAAUCUAUUUUCUGUACAAAACAUCCAUCCGGAUGCAUUACCUCAUUUUCGGGCUGAGAUAUUAUCAAAGCGUUACCGAUGGCAUAAAGAAACGGAAUCAAUGAUUCUAGCACGAUUACCGUUCGAAGAACAGAUCAAAAGGCCCUACUUCCACGUGAAACCUCUAGAGGCAGAGCAACUGAAAAACUGGCGCUUGUACCUAGAUUUCGAGAUAACUGAAGGAGACGAGACGCGUAUAACUGUUCUUUUUGAGCGGUGCUUGAUAGCUUGUGCAUUGUACGACCAGUUUUGGACAAAGGUUUGUUCUUGUACAUCUUGA